GGAGGCCACGGAAGGAGAGUUGUAUGGCAUUGAAGCUUGCCUGGAGGGUUGUUAACAGUGUCCAAAGAAGGGCCGGAAGUAUACAGAAUUCAUGAUAAGUAUAUAGCCUAUAAAUGAUAUGAAAUGCAUAUUUGUAUACCAUUCCUAUGGCCCAUUUGCCACAGCCAUAUCCAUAGCGUUGAAGCCAGAGUCGGACUCCACUUUCUGUGACAGGAAAGGUUUGAAUUCAUCAGAUGACAGACCUGUCUACACAAAUACAGCCUACAUCUAAACAAUUUACCUAAACAUUUAAGUCAGUUUCAGAUAACUGCCAUUGCUGUUGAUAAGUACAGUAUGUCUGCUGAGUGGAAGGUCAGCCAGCCAGUCAGUCCUUACCCAGGAGGAUUUCCACACAGGGUACAUGGUUCCCAUGGACAGCGUAGAGCACGGGAGCCCCGCCGUUCUGAAACCAACCCACAAACACUGCAUCACAUUCGGGCAAACACCUUGGGCAGCCUCCAGAAAGCAGGAAUUCUAUGACUGCAAUCUGUCCAUGUGCUGCAGCCCACAUCAGAGGGGGUGAAGCCUUCCUCAUCCUGCAGGUUAAUCAGUCUCUACAGCCAUACAAACACCAAAGCAAUCAGUAACACGUUCCGUUCCACAUCUUUCAAGUCAACCAGUGAGAGCCAUAUUAUAGACGUUCUUGAGUGCAUAUUGUUCUUACCAACUGUUAAUUAUGUGACUGCAUGGUUCUAAGGAGCCCGACAACAUCAAAACAAAUAGAACUCCACCUUGAGGACAUCCUCACCUUGUUCAAUCCUGCUGGCUAGGAAAACCAUUUCACCCUGUGCUGCUAGCUGAUGAAUGGACAGAGCUGGAAAGAUCAUAGUUCAGAGGUCAAGCAGCCAUCGUUCAAUGUUAGAUUCAGGUAUGGUUUGUGUUGUCAUGUUUGAGGCUAAAUGAUGUGACAAAUCUAGGAUAAACGCAGUCAUAUAGGUCCGACCUCUAAAUUGGAAGUCUGUGGACAAAGAAACCACCUUUAGUUUAAGAUGAGCUCAGGUACUUACAGUGGACCAGAAGAGGAGUGGAGGACACUUCGUUACCACGGUGCUUGUUGAUGCUCAGAACAUGGAGUUGAACAGAGGAGAAGUGCCUCUAUAUGGCCAAUUGGAAGUGUGUGCUCUUCUGCAGGUUCCAGAUCUAGAACCAGAACAGACAGAGUUCUAUGUGGUUUUAGAAGGUUCCAGACUAGCCCAUGUUACUGUAGGGAAGAGAACAGAGGAUGGAAAGUCUCUGUGCUUCACUGUUCCAGGUCAUGACCUUCAGGAGACUGUCUCUGUCACAGCUUAUUGCCACACAGAGGGCAGAGCCCAGCCCUGUGGAGGCGGGGCCUCGCUGGACUACGUCAGUGAUUUGCCACAGGAAGUGGCCGAGCACCUGCUAGCCAAUAGCGACUGUCUGAGUCCCCAGAGCCACCUGGAGGUCCUGAGGAGGGUUUCAGCAGCUCCAGGGGAGGGGAACAAGGAGGGUGACAGGAGUGCUGGCUCAGUUCUCUCCUAUCUGGGGAAGACAGACCAGGAGGAUGGGUAUGGGGGUGGGAGACCCAGACCUGAUCCAGAGGUGGAGUGUCGUCUCAGGGAGAUGGAUGAGAGGAUAACCCAGGCCAUGGCCAACCUGGACUACCCUCUGGAGUGGAGCGGCAAGGCCAGCCAACCUAGAGAAGAGCACCAGUCCAGGGACACUCUCCUCCACCUCUCCGUGCGCCUGGGUUUGCUCAGUCUAUCCCGCUUCCUGAUUGGCCAGCCCAGGGGUCAGAGGGCACUGACCCUGCCAAAUGAGGAAGGGGCCACACCCCUCCAGCUGGCUCAGAACGGAGGAGACCACACCCUCUUUAUGGCGCUUACCACCCCCCCUGUCCCUGUCGGGGUGUGCACUGUGUGGGCAGAUAGGACUUGUGUUCUAAGGGUAUGUCCUGGGUCUGGCACCCUUAACCUUACCUUCCUGGGGGGCCCUGAGAGCAGUGUUAUGGACAACAUCCUGGUUCUCAGAGAGAAACUGACGGACCACAAUAUCCUCAGACAGAUCUCAGCACUGAGAGGUGAUGUUGAUGUUCAGAUGGAGGACAGUGGCAGAGCAGAUGUCCAUGCAAGUGAUACCAGUGACGGAGGUCUAGGCAGGGGGCUGCCAGUAGAAGACCUUACACUGGUGGUUAGAGUUCUUGAAGAGCAGCUUGUUCUCUCUCUGGAUGAUGAUGAGGAACUUCCAACAUUACAAACAGUGAAGUCCCAGACGACCCACCCCAGACGAACCCAGAGACAGUUCUCCCACUCUGCUGUGGCAGACAAAUCAGCCUCCAUCAUCAAUGGCAGGAGUCAGCUCUCCACAGAGGUGGAUGACCUCAAGACCAAGGUUAGUGUUGCCGGGGUAAUGAGGGACAGCUCUGUGACUGACAGCAGGGUGUGGGACACAGUGGACUCAGAGGUCCUCCUCCAACAGGCCACCGUCACCCCUCCACCCCGACCUCCCUACGGACUAGAGGAGCAACAGUCCCCCUUCGUCUCUUCUUCUCCCUUGUCCUCCCCUGCUGACCGAGCCCUCACCCGACUGAACAGCCUUUCCCACUCAUACCUAACCAAUCAGAGAGGGAGCCCACCUCUGGAGUCACCUAACCUCAGCCCCAGUCUGGUAGCUCUAGUGAUUGACAGUGAGGAGGAGGGGGUUCUGGAGAAGUCUCCCUUCUCUCCUCUUACCUUUGACCCUCGUAGCAGCGGGGACGACACCGCCCCAGACCUCACCUGCACACGCACACACUCUGCCUCCUCAGUCGGUGACCCCACCCCCACAAAGGAUAUGGGCGACCAGAAGAUCAGACACCGCUCCUACUCCUACUCCUCCCCCAAGAUCAGCCUGCUGCCCUCCCGCUUCUCCCGUGACACCUCAGCCCAGCCUGCGACAUCUGACCUCAGCCCAGAGCGGAGAGAGUUCAGCCUAUCAAAGCAACCUCAAGAAAAAAGGCUCUCCAGCCUUCACCAAGACUACAUGGUUGGUUGCUGGGCGACCGAGGGCUGUCUCUGUCGUGGAGUUCCUGGUUGUCUUCAUAUCAAGAAAAGGGGUGGCAGGGAGUUAAAGUUCCGUAAGCGUGCCCAGUCUGCCGACGACGAGGGCAGCGUUGAGCUGGCAGAGUCCCUCCAACACCUCACCCUCUCAGAGUUCCUCAAAGAAAUUGAAGAAGAGGAGUGGGACAAGUACAACAUCCCUUCCAAGGUAGCGUCAGAGAAAUACAAAGUGAUUCGUACCUUCAGCUUCCUCAAGAGCCGGAUGUCGAGCACACGCAACAAGAACAAGGGGAAGGAGAAGGAAAGGGAGAAGGAGGAGAGAGACAAGGACAGGCAGCAGAAUGGACAUCGCUUCUCCACGGGGUCCUGUGCUGGACCCACGGUCUGUCUGGUCUGUGACAAACCUGCUACUGGCAAGGAACUUCUGCACUGCUCCAGUUGUACACUCAUGGUCCAUAAGGGUUGUAAUGACUUUGCUCCCCCGUGUCUAAAGAAACUUGUGAAGAACCGAACGGCAUCUCUCCCGCAGAUGCGAGACAGUCCCUCUUCAUGUCUGAUCGCCACCUCAGCCUCUCUACCUAUGAUGAGCCAGAGGGACAGGAGGGAAACAGCCUCCCUCCCCAACCCCCUCUCCAGUAGCGUCCCGUCUUCCACUGACAGCAGGCUUAGCGAGAGUCCGGAAGUGGUGUCUGACAGGAGAUGGAGUCCUGGCCGAUCAGAGGAGCUCCUACAGACCACGGAGUCAUCCUCCUCCACUGACUCCUCCCUCGGAGAAGACUGUGUGGACACCGGUCUCCACAGCGACCUGGCUGCUGAUGCUCUGGACUACGAGGCUGAGUCUUGGAGUCUGACAGUGGAACACAAGUUUUGUAAGAAGCAGGACAAACGGGUGGUCAAGAGACAGGACGUCAUCUACGAGUUGAUGCAGACAGAGAUGCACCACCUCCAGACUCUGUGCAUCAUGGCUGAGGUCUUCCGGCGAGGGAUGAGGGAGGAGGUCCAGCUGGACGCGGGCGCCGUGGGGCGUGUCUUCCCCUGUUUGGACGAACUCCUCCUCCUCCACCACGACCUCUUCAACCCCAUGAGGGAACGCCGCCACAGCUCUGCCCGGCCAUACGGGAACAGGAACUACGUCAUAGAACGCAUCGGAGAUGUUCUGCUGCUACAGUUUUCUGAAGAGAACGCAGAGAGGAUGAAACAGGUGUAUGGAGACUUUUGCAGCCAUCACACUGAGGCAGUCACCUUCUUCAAAGAGCUACAGCAACACAACAAACGAUUUCAGACCUUCAUCAAGCAACAAAGUAAUAACUAUUUGGUGCGGAGGAGAGAGAUCCCAGAAUGCAUCUUGUUGGUGACCCAGAGGAUAACUAAGUACCCUGUUCUGUUGGAGAGGAUUCUACAGUACACCCAGGAGGACAGUGAGGAGCACAGGGAUCUCUCCAGAGCUCUGGUUUUGAUCAAGGAGGUGAUCGCGGCUGUAGACCUGAGGGUCAGUGAGUUUGAGCAGGGUCAGAGGUUACAGGACGUCCUAAACCGGAUGGACAACCGUAGUGCUGCCAAGCUGAAGAAUGGACACACCUUUAGGAAGCAGGAUGUUCUGGUGCCAGGCCGGACCCUCAAACACCAGGGCCUGUUACUGUGGAAGACCGCCACCGGACGACUCAAAGAUGUCCUGGCUCUCCUUCUCACCGACACACUGAUCUUCCUACAGGAGAAAGACCAGAAGUUCAUAUUCGCUGCUGUGGACCAGAAGCCCCCAGUGAUCUCCCUGCAGAAGCUGAUUGUCAGGGAGGUAGCCAAUGAGGAGAGAGGGAUGUUUCUGAUCAGUGCAUCGGCCGCGGGUCCAGAGAUGUACGAGGUCCACACCUCCUCGAAAGACGAACGCAACACCUGGAUGAGACACAUCCGAGAGGCUGUGGAGAGCUGUCCAGAGGAUGAGGAGGAGAACACUAGCGAAUCAGAGGAGGAGAGAAGAGCAUCUGAAGCCAGAGCCCAGAAGAUACAAAGACUACAGGAGAACCUGUCCAGUCAGGACCAUCAGAUAUGUUCUACUCUGGUGGAGAAGCUACAGAUCUAUGCUGAUCUGUCUGCCCUGAGGGGCGGCACCCAGGAACAGCACCCUGAGCCACGCUUACUGGUCCAGCCACACCCAGAGGAGGUGCCCCGGGCUGCAGUACUGCUCACUGCCGCGCUCCGAGAGGCUGAGAACCUGAGGACCACUCUGUCCUCCAGGACCUGUUCUCCCUCCAGCCUCUGCAGCCCUCACAGGGACCCCCUGUCCCACCCUGUGUCCUUAGCCAACCCUCCUACCCCCAUGGACAACCCCACGGACGGCGAAGCCUCACCUGGGGACCCUGAUACCAGAGACGGGGAGUGGUCAGCCUCCCAGGGCCUCGUACUACAGUCCCUGACUCAACCCCACACCGGGGACACUAAUAAUAUCAACCUUAAGGUGGCUCAGAGUGUCCAGAGCUUGACCCAGUUACUCUACAGUCUGCAGGCAGCGGUAACCAUCCAAGACAGUUUCUACGAGGUACAGAAGCUCCUCCUCCGUGAAAGUGACCGCUCCGGCCCCUGCCCGCCGAGACCACACCCCCCGUGUCUCCAGGAGCAGGAAAAGCAUCGUAACCAGGAGAAGCGCCGUGAGGAGGUGGCGGCGGCGGUGCGGUUACAGGGUCAGCUGCGCCAGGAGAGGCAGCGGUGGGAGAAGGAGUGCCAGCUGCGCCACAGCCAACAGGGGGAGCUGGAGAGCAGGCUAGAGGAGAGGGAGAGACAGUGUCACCUGGAGGCUGAGAGGCUGAAGCAGGAGUGGGAAGAGCUCGAAGAGCAGCUGGGGGAGUACCAGCAUAGCCUGGAGAGGCUGAGGGAGGGCCAGAGAAGCGUGGGGAAGGAGAGGGAGAGGCUGGAGACCCAGCAGAAGCUGCUGCAGAGCUGGAGACACAGCCGACAGAGGAGCCUGCCUGUCAUGGUCAUACCGCUGGAUGGUCAUCAGGACUCACUUCCUGGUCAGUCCGGCGUCCAUCUUGACAACGCCGGCUCAGUGUUUGUCAACGAAGCAGCGUUCACCACGUCGAAGGUGCUUAAUAACCGCCACAUGCACCACCACAUACAGCAGCACCAGAGAGGUGGGACCCUGGGGUACGGAGAUGACCCUCGAGCCCACAACAGCCUGAACACCAUACUGGCCCGCUCCAGCCAGAGACACACGCUCCAACCCCUCUCCCUCUCCAAGGCUCCCACACUCCACCCUGACACAAACACACCCCAGUGCUGGGCUGGGGGUGCCGGUGUCACUAGGUACCUCUACACAACCUCAGGUGGACAGGGGACAGAGCACACACCCAACGAUAUAAACACACACAGCUAUGUGAGGGAGACGUGGUCCUCGACGGCAACUGUGGCUGGACAGUAUCAGGGUGCACCUCACCAUGGCGACCACCAACUGGUCCUCUCCUCCUUGGUCCCCCUGGAGACGGAUAGUGGGGAUGGGGAGGAGGGGGGAGAGGAGAACAUUGUGUACCUCUGAGGCUGGACAGACAGACCUUGAAACCCUCUCCUUCAAAUCUAGGACUCAAAAGACUUGAUAUGGAUUUAGGAAGGCUCAGAAUCACAGACUGGAUUGACUUUAAUGGCUCAGACUGGACAGUAAAUAGCUAGGCCAGGUUUUAAGAAGAACCAGAUCUGGCACAUAUAAAGUCAUCUCCCUUCCCCAUCAUGCUUUGCCCCUCUGCCCUCCGUGAUCUUUGCCUGGUGCCCUCCAUAUGUGUCUCCAAGUGUUGCCUGUGAGAGAGACUUUUAUACUGCUAUAUGUUUAUACUUGUCCAUGAAUGUACAGUGUGUGUGUGUCCGUCUCUGUUUAGAGUUCAGCUCCAGGUCUGCCACCGGGCCUUUGUGACUGAGGCCCUCCAUUGACAUAAUAUAUUUCUCUGUUUCCCCUGCCCAACCCUACUGCAGUGCCUUACCCCUUUUUCCUCACCCCCGUAUCAGUCUCCAUCUCUGUUUCCCUGGCCCACACUGCCCUAAGUCUGCUUCAGUCUACAUCUCUCUGUCCCUCCCUUGUCCUUUAGUCCCCAUCCGUCCAGCGCUAUUUAUUAGGCUCUCCCCAAAUGAAAUGGUGUCCACUCUGUUACCACAGGGGAAAAAGAGAGAGCAGAGGGUCAGAUAUCACUAGAAAGGCUGAAUCUCUACAGUCGGUCUGUGGUUGAUUGGCGGAAUAAACUGCUGCUCGCCCAUUCAUCAGACAAGCUCUAUUUACAAGGCGAGCGGGAUGCGGCAUACACAUUAGAUGUGAAGGAUGAGGUGAAAUGCCAUGAUCAGAAGGGAUUUGGUGUGUUUCUCAGCCUGUCUGGCUACGCCUUUGUUUUCAUCUGAAGGACUUGUGAUUUUAAGGAAUAAUGUUGUGACUAUAGCAAUCCAUCAAUGAUACAGUAGCGUACACUGCACUACUACCGCCUAUAUGAUGAAGUACAGAUUUUAUUAGGGUCAACUGCAUAUCGGGGUCAAAAACCAUAGGGCAGAAACAUUCCUAAACUGUAUGUUCAAUGAACUUUGAAGUAUUACAUCUGUGACAGAGUGCACUCUAUAUGUAAACAAUACUUUGGAUGUGAAUGAUACCAAAUAUGUCCAUUUUUUUACAUUGUUUUCAUCAAGGCACAUAUUUCAUAGCAUGUUGUUUCUUGUACUUGGUGUUCAGUCAUUUAGGAUUUUGUCUGACAUAUAGUUGCUAAUAUAGUAAAGUCAGCCUGGUAUCAGUUUAUAUGCACCACAUUGUGAUGCCUCACAUAUUUUUAGCAAAAGCAUCACAAUGUGAUGCACGGCAAUGAUAUUGUAAUGGGGUAGUAAGCUAUGGUUGAAGGGUGACUGAUGAAAUUAAUCUUGUACGCAUUUAAGAGGUGACCGUGCUUUUUUUUUUACUAAGAGCUGUACCAUUGCACUUGAAUAUUCAUGUUCUACUUUAGUGCCAAUAUGUUUUGUUUUUUAAUGACCAUUGAGAUGUCCUGAAAGUCAGCCUUUAGCUGUCCUGCAGCCACCAUUAAAAACAAAAAUAAAGCGUUAAA